UAUAAUGGUUUGAUGCUUCAAACAGAAGAACAUGGCGAUGUUGGUAUCUUUGUUUGAGAGCUAAAUAAUGCGAUUGUCUGGAGUUCUGUUAGUAAAUGACGAUUUUUCUGAUAUUGGAAAGUUUUUGCGUGUUAAAGUUUUAACCAACAAGCUAAACAUGGAAAAACAUCAUCCAAAUUUGUUGUGAUUGUGUGUGUUAUUGCGUCGUUUGCCGGCGGGUAGCCACUGUAUAAAGAUCUUACUGUUGGAGGAGUGUAAUGUCAGGAUUGCAAGGAAAAGUAAGAGGUCCAGGGAGGCCCCCGAAGAACAAGAGCUCGUGCACCUGGUGCGGGGAAACAAAACAGCCCCUGAAGUACGUGUACCCCACGCAGCACGGCAAGAAGGAGUUCUGCUCGGAAACUUGCCUCUCCGAGUUCCGUAAAGCCUACAUCAAGGGUGCCUGUCUGGAAUGUGACAAUGUUAUCCGAGGCGCGCCGGUGCGUCUGGAGCAUGAGAACGCCUCUUCUAAGGAUUUCUGCAGCACAUUCUGCCUCAACAAGCACACGAAAAAAGAGCAGGCAGAGCAGAAACGCGUUUCUGGCAAUGAGAUGUGUGGUCUCGCCUCGAAUCAAAUACCUGCUGUUCCAGCAGGACAAAUGGACAUCUAUUCCACUUUUGACUGGGACGCCUAUUUGAAAGAUACUAACAGCAUUGCAGCUCCGCCAGAAUACUUCAAACAGAAUCUUUCUUCGCCGGUGAAUGAGUUUGCAUCAGGAAUGAAGCUGGAGGCUUUGGACCCCAGAAACCUGACCUCCACGUGCAUAGCGACCGUGGUCGGCAUACUGGGGCCGCGGCUGCGGUUGCGCCUCGAUGGAAGUGACAACAAGAAUGAUUUCUGGCGCCUCGUGGACUCAAACGAAAUCCACCCCAUCGGCCACUGCGAGAAGCACGGUGGAAUGCUCCAGCCGCCCCUGGGUUUCAGGAUGAAUGCUUCGUCGUGGCCCAUGUUCCUCCUGAAGACCCUGAACAACGCGGAGAUGGCGCACGCCAAGAUGUUCAAGAAGGAGCCGGCGACUCCCAGCAAGAACUUGUUCCAGGUGGGCAUGAAGCUGGAGGCUGUCGACAAGAAGAACCCUCAGCUCAUCUGCACCGCCACCAUCGGCGCUAUCAAAGGUGAUAUGAUACACGUGACGUUCGACGGUUGGAAAGGAGCGUUCGACUACUGGUGUAGGUAUGACUCAAGAGACAUCUUUCCUGUUAGUUGGUGCGCGAGGAGUGGCCACCCCUUGCAGCCGCCUGGUCAGAAACCUGCCUAUGGCUCGAGCCGGUUCAAGGCGCGGGUGUGCAACGUGGCUCCCCCCGUGGCCCCGGAGACGGCCCAGCAGCUGUCCCCCGCGCCCGGCGCCGUGUCGCCCUCCUGCGUGCCCGCCAUGACGGCCACCAGCACCACCGUGGAGCCCGUCACCUCCAGCGAGCAGAAACCUGCCGACGAGUAUGCCGUGUUCGUGAACCACAGCUGCAAGUGCGGGCCGUACCUGGACCCGCGCAAGGUCUCCGCGCUGCCGAUGAUGUUCAGCGGCAAGUCGGUCCACAGGCUGGCCCGGGACUGUGUCCAGGGACUUGUGGACGCCGCGCUCGACCAGAAGCACGUCUUCAGCCUGCUGAGGCGCGGCCAGGGCCAGGUCGUCAUCACCGCAUCAUUUGACCACAAGACAGAGAGCACAGAGCUUCCUCCAUUCGAGAAGUUGUCAGACCUGUGGGACUUGCUGGAAAUCUUGUUCGACGAGAUGAUGUGCUGCGAGAACAUCUACACGUCGCAGCUGCUGUCCGAGGGAUGCCCCAAGUGCAGCAAGCACCUGGUCACACCAGCAGUCAAGAAAGAGUGCGAGACUCCGGUCGGGGAGGCCAGCUUGAAGCGACGCUGGUCGGAGAGCUCGGACGCCAGCAGCAGGAUGGGCCCCAGCCCCAGCAGCGUGGGCACCGCCCCCACGGCCAAGCAGCCCCGCAAGUCCGUCCCAGCGGAGCUGGAGGCUGCGACGUCCACCACUCCCCCGGAGCACUCUGAGUCCCCACCAAAGAUGCCGGCCGACCCCGCAGAGUGGUCCAUCGAGGAUGUCAUCAGACACAUCGCGUACGUGGACCCUGCUCUGGGGGUUCACGCAGACCUCUUCAGAAAGCACGAGAUAGACGGCAAGGCUCUCCUGCUGCUCAACUCCGACAUGAUGAUGAAGUACAUGGGCCUGAAGCUCGGCCCGGCCCUCAAGAUAUGCAACCUGGUGAACAGGAUCAAGGGCCGCAAGCACCUCAUGUUAUGACAGUGAGAAGGCCUGCCUGGGGCGAGGCUGUCUUUACUCUUUGUGAUAUAUGCAGUGGGACUGUGACUGAUUUUCACUGGGGCGUCUGUUGUUUGCUGUUCGAGGGACGGUUUUUUUUUUCUUCGUAUAUUUUUGGUUUGUUUGUUUUAAGUUGUAUCCAAGCAUUGUGUUACACAAAUAGUGGCUGUAGUUUCCUUGGCUUUAUUUUUACAUGUCUGAACUGCAGAGUUAAAAUAUGUUGACAUGCAUAUAAUGAAUUUAGAAGCCGAGGGUUUUGAGUGUUGGGUUUUCAAAAUCGCCUGAAGUUUUUGCAAAAAAAAAAAAAAGUUAUUUCGUCAUAGUUCCAGGGCAUUAACAAUACUUCUAGGCAAAAGUUAGCUUUGGAUCAGAGGUCCCAUAUGUAUGUGGAAUGAUUUCAUAAGUUUAUUUAAAACUCUACGGACAUUUUGUGAUGGAAUGUUUUUGUAUUGCCAAGUUGUGCCAUGUCUUGGGUGUCUCAAGGGUGAAAGUGAAAGUGUUUUUGCUAGGGACGUGUACUAUUGCAACUUAUUUUAACUGAGCCUUGUAUCAUGUUUAUUUUUGUGCAAAAUGAUUUCCACUUACCAUUUUAACAGCUUUUAGGUAUGUGCUUUUUUUGAUUAUGGCUUUUGAGUGGUACACGUAUUAUAUAUGCCAUGUUUUCAUCUCUUUCAGAUAUUAGACUCUACACUAGAUAAACAUUGAUUACUUUGUCAUAUAUUAGGUAUUGAAAAUUAAAUUUCUUUAGAUGGUACUUUUGAAACCAACAUAUUGUUUCAAAGCUGUAAUCAAGUCACAUAUACUUGCAUUUGGGUAGGUGUUUAAUUUAUUGAAUAUGCAUUUUUCUUUCGCUGCAUUGCAGUUAAUGCUUUCAAUCAGUCGACCAAUUCUGGCAUUCAGUAAAGCUGCUUACACUGCGUACAUUCUACGAUAUCCCAGGAAGCUGUGGCAUGUGUGUGGAGGAGUUAUUGUGGUUCAGUGCAAACUGAAUAUUGCACUCUCAGGUCUUUGGAGUAGAUUUUACACUUUUUACAUCUUCCUAUGCAUACCAUGUUCUUACAUGUAUGCAGAUUUUGUCUUGAUACAGUCUGAUCUAAUAUUAUAUUCCAUCACGUGUCUGUGUAAAAGGUACGCCGAUGAUUGAUUCACAGUCAUGGCACUCAAGCAGAUUAUGAAAGAAGCGAGAAAGCAGAUUUUGGGGUGUGCGAGACUUUUUUUAUUUGAAUCGAAGUCGAAGACGAAGGUCUAAUUCUUUACCAAAGGUUAAUUCAAAGGUAAAGAUCACUUAAAUAUUUUACUACGCUAAGAAAAAUCUAUAUAUAUAACUUUUGAGUGCUUUUGUAGGUGUUUUGUACACUAAAUAAAAACAAGUAGGAAACAGCACAGUGACUAAUUGCCACUGCUUGUAAAUAAAAGCAAAAAUUACAAAACAAAAAUUACUUUUAUAAUACCAAAAUUGACUUAUGUAGCGACAUGAAACUGUAAACAAAAUACAGUUAUUUUCUUUGACUAAGCAUCUUUUCAAAACUCUUUAAAACCAGGCCAUUAUGAAAUUUCUGAAACUCCAGGACAAAUUUUUUAUUUAAUGUACCUGUAGUAUACAUAUACAACACCCAAUAAACAUACAAAUUCUUCAAUUUAUGUACAAGUAAUCUUGCUGUCCCGCCCUCUCAUUUCGUACGUACAGUUUACAUGAAUUAAACAGUUUUUACAGUUAUGUACUCCUAAUAGAAUCAAUCUUACUCUUCUAUACAUAAGUGUGCAACUGUGGUCUUGUUUUAGCAAACCCUUAAUAAGAUGCCCAAAAUAGUUGCUGUGCAAGGAUUUGCCUUUGUUAACAGCUCUGUAUCACCCUCAGAAGGGGAAUAUGGAGUGCGAGAUAGAGGGGAAAGUGUCUCUGGUUAGGACGAAUAAUUUUGAGAAAUUUAUGUUCUUUUCCUAUUGCUAGGUCUGAGAAACUUAAAGAUAUUGUGUAGGAGAUAAAAUGAAAAAGGUAAGACAACAGCAAGUACAUUACAAAAUUAUUGUAUCCAACUUUUUUUUGUUUUAUUUUUUUAUUUAACUUAUACUCUUGUUCACGAUUAGUUGAGACUAUUGAAUGGUUCUUCGGCAAACAUUCAGCUUUUCAGAGUUUACUAUUGACACUAGGCUAGCUAAUGUUGAAUAAUAUUUAUUUAUUUUGUUAAGUUUUAUGGCAUGCUGAAAUUAAUUUUUCAGUUGGAAAAAUUUUUGAGUAGGAAAGAAAUAUUUUCCCAGGGAACUGGAACAGGAUCUGCAAAAAAAAAUAGUGGAACAUUUCUGUAUAUUCAAUAUAUUUCCUGAAAUGUUCUUUGUAAAAUUAAGUAUUUUGGUUGGUUAGAAUAUCUUCAACUUGAGUCUUCUAGGUGUUCAAGGUUCACACUGUUAGUCAAAAUCUAAAUUUUUAAACACAACAAAUUUGUACAUAUGUUUUGAUGUGAAUGUAAAAAUUUGAGGCCCAGUUUGCAAGGAAAACUUUGUGUGGAGAUACAGACUAACUAGAAUAUGCUAAGCAAAUAAUAUCUGUAAAGUUAAGUAGUUAGCAGCAAUUCAUUUUCAUCUGUUUCUUCAGAAAAGUAAAACGUUUGGAAGUGGGUUGAACAUGAAUGUACUGAGUAGCUCUAAUAAUUUAAAUCUUUUUUUUUCAUUUAAUGUUGGGUCCAACACUUAUGGAUUAUAUUUUUUGGUUUGUUUUAAUUAAAGUGUAGGAAAACUGUAGAAACUUUAGCCUAACAUAUUUCCGUCCUCUGUCCAGUGUGUGCAUGCUUGGAUUAAAAGGAGAAAAUGUUUUCUUGCAGCUUUUUUGAAAACCUAUAAAAGAGCAGGGAAGAUAAAAACAUUUCCUGGGAAGGAGGGAGGGUAAUUAUUUCAUAUUUUAUCCGUGGAUUGGGAAGAGGGGGGGGGGGGGGGGCUUUUGGGUGUUUUCUGUGUAUUUUCUACUAGAUCAAUACAAGUUUACUUUGCCACGUUUUGAACAAAAAAAACAGAUAACACCAUGGGGCGGCACAGCGUUGUGUGCUGUUUUUCAGACAGGUAUAAUGUCUUAUCGUUUACUUACAGUUGUAAUAUAUUUUUAACUGUUCCCGGUAAAGAUUAAGUAAGAUGUGGUAUGUCUAAUGAACCAUACUGGAUCAAACUUUUUUUUAUUAUUUUCUUCACAAUUUACAUCACUGAAUGUAGUGGAAAAUAAAAACCCUCAACAUGAAUAAUUCUUAAAAAAAUUCCAAAAAUUCCAGGAAUUUUUUUUCCUGCCUGACAGGGGGGAAAAACCCUGUUAAUUCCAAAAAAUUUCCUGAAUUUCAGAAUUCUGCACAUAUAACAAUAUCUAGGUGCCCAAGUCUUUGUUCGCUGGAGCACCUGCCAAAAAUGUCUCACCUUAUCUUGAACAGAGUGUAGUAAAACCUGUGCAUUUUUUUUAUACAAUGCCUGCGUGCUUGUAUGCAAAGCGUAGUGUUACUUUUAUUAAUGCUCCGUGCGAUGUAAUUUGACUAUAUAUACUAUAUGUAUGUAUAGUAGGCAGGUGAAGAGAAAUGUCAAUAACCGGCAGGACUGGUUCUCUUUGCGGAAAACCUUAGCGGAUGUUAUGGCCCCUAACUACGGUGGCGUUAAAUACGCAUUCUACUCUAAGGAAAAAAUUCCUUCGAAUCCUAAGACGAAGAAGAAAAUCCUUCCAUUCGACUUCGACUUUCUGAAGCUUCAUACACCCCUAGUGCAGAUACUGAGGAAGUAUUCCCAUUUCUAACACUUGUUGCAGUGGCAUAGAAUGUAUUCAACUGUGUUGGUUAUCUUCAAGACAAAUAGUAGACAGUUUAAAACUAUCAGUUGCACUAUGAUCGUGCUGUACCUGCUCCAGGGAUUGUAGCAUCUUGGAUUGUUUUUCAAAGACCAAAAUUUUUUGUUGGCUGUGAACAAGAUUGUGAUUGAUGAAAAAAGCAGUUGUAGUCAAUAAAAACAGGUUACUUCAGUUGACAUAUCACAGCAGUCUGAUUGGUAUGAGGCUCCUCCUUAUAUUUUAAGUUAAACUAUGAUGAAACAAGAGCUUGAAAUGUGUUUCAGAGUUAUUUGCGUGUUUGAUGGCAAUAAAAUAAAGGUUACUGUGAUUUUGAAACCACCUUAACCCACAAUUCCUGCACUUUGCCUCUUGUCAUGAUGGCACUCUUGCCUGGAGACAGUUUUUAUGUCUAGAUUUAGGAAAGUCACUGUCUUAUGAAAUGGCAGUAAAGGUUAUUUCAGCGAUACUUGUAUCAGCAUGCUCAAGAAUGGUGUUUUAGGCGUUAUCAAGCUUCAGUUCACAAUGCAUGUUCUGGGAAACCAAGUUGUCUGGACUCAACAUCGUUAACUCAACAUUGUUCUACAUUUCUAAUAUUUUCAUAUCAUGUACAUAAACAGAAUUUAAUUUUGAAACCAUUGUUGAAGAUGCCAAUUUUGUUUCUUCAAUUGUGAAUACUAUCGCUGGAAUAUUUUUGAGCGGCCACGAUUGUAAAAUUAUUGCUACAUGAAUUAUUGUUGGGUAUUAUUUUGAGUUAUUGUGUUUUCACUGGAUGUGUGCAGAUACAAAUAUAUACAUAUAUAUGAAAAGUUUAACAUUUCUGUAAAGUGUGGAGUUUUAUAUGAAUAUAGUAUACAUAGAUAUGUACAUACCAGAAAUAUUUCUUGUGCAAUUAGUUGCCCAGCUGGUUUUAUAGUUGUGGUAAAUAACUGUUAUAUAAGCAUGUACUGAGUGUGUGUUAUGUGUAGACUUGUGCUUAUUUACUUUAAAUGAAAGUGCUGGUAAUGUUUCCUUCAGUUUCUUUACCAAGCAAUAACAGUUAUGAAGUAUGUGUUUCGGAAGUGUGUGUGUGUGUGUGUGUGAAUGAGUGAAAGAAUGAGGUUGUUAUUAAAGAUUCAUGAUAGCACUAUUUCAGUGUCAGAUAUGAUUGAUGUGUUUUAGCAUUAGUAAAAAUGAAAUCUUGCAACGAGUUUGACCUUAGAAUUUAAGUUUCAUCAGUUUGCAAAUAAGCAUUGCCAUUUCAUGACUAUGAAUUUAUGAAUUAUUGCACCAUAUAAUUAAUUGUAAGAAAAUUGUGUGAGCAUUUGGAGUCUAAAUAUGAAGAAUUAUUAUUUUCGUAAUGUUGAUAUUGUAAAUUAUAAGGAAUAGAUGUAAAGUGACUCAUAAGUGCGUAGUGAACUUUAGACUUGUUCUCUCAUUGGAAGUGCGAGUAGAAUGUGUAACAGUAGUGGUCUUUUAUUGCUAACAUGUUUGUGAUCCAUUAUUUUUAAAAGAUAUUUUUUUUAGUAUUUUGUUUUAAAUGAAAUUGUUUGGAUAGUGUUUCUUCCUCUCGCUCAUUCAAGAUGUACGGUUCACAGUGUUGUUAAUUCAUAAUAAAUAAAAAGGCAUAAUUUGGUAAUUUAUUGUAUGUAGUAAGUAUAAGAAACAUCAAAACCCAGUUGUUUACCGAAAGCUUUUAAAAGACCAUAUUUUUUAAUAAAUGUAAGAGAAAUAGAGCAUCUGAGAUAUAUCAUUUGUAGAGAAUAUUUUUCAGAUAUGGGGAGUGGUCUCCAAAUUUGAUUUUGACGUUGUUACCAAGUCAAACAUUGACUAAGAACAUAAUCAGAUUGAUUUUGCAAGCCAUUAAAACGGCCACUAUACUGAAAGUAUAAAACAUUUUGGAAUGGCUUAUCUAUUUAUUUUUUCUGGUAUUAAAUUAAAACUAUGUUCAUGUAAUAUAUUUUGUGUGAAAGAGUAAUAGCGAUAGCCAAACACAACUAUAUAUAUUUAUUCUUUUAUUGGUUACUAUAGUUCCAAGUUUCUUGACAGACAACACUUUUACAGCUUGAAUAACAUAUUUCUUAAUUUUUUUCCGUGCUCUUGUAAUUUUGUUUGUCCCCUGAAAACAAGACUUACAGGCUUAAGGGGAUUGGUGCAGGACAAAAAACAGUCAUUCGUCAGAAUUUGUUGGAAAUGAGCUUAAGUGUUUCAUAAAUGCUUGUUUAUUACUACUGUAUGGCCAGCCAGCACGUAUAUAAGCUAGCGGGUGAGAUUUGGCAGGUUAGUGGCGAGAGAGCUUCUGUGAGGGGAGGUUGUCAAAUGUUGCAGCUCUGAGGCCUGCCAUCUAGCGGGAAUCUUUCGAAGGUCUUACACAAUAUCGCCUUUCUCUCUCUAUCUCUCUCUCCAACACGGACACCCAACCAGCUCUUAUCGCUUCCCAUCUCGCCUUAUCCUUCAUUCUCGGAUCAGGUAGCCGCCCUACCCCGCGUAGACUUUCGUGUUACUCCAGGAAACCAAGACAACCUGUGAACAAUUUGUCCAAAGCUGAAUUUUUGUACUGUGGUAGAGUUGACUAUGCUUAAUAACAUACCGAAAGUUUACCACUGUAGACCUUGUGCGUUAUCACCGAAAAUUUGCAUUUAAGUCCUAGGUGACAGCAACUUACAUCAGUCCAUUAAAAUGCUACCCAUUUAUACAGUUUUUAAUUUAGACUGUCCAUAAACUUACCAAAA